CGUGAUCUCUGGAUUUGAUUGUGCACACUGCACCAAAGCAAAGCAAACUGACAGCGUUUCUCACCAAAAUAAAUACGAAAACCAUGGCUGCACGCAGAGAGCCCGUGGAGGUGUAUUUAGAUUUGCUUUCACAGCCUUGCAGAGCAGUUCACAUUUUUCUGAAUCAUAACAAAAUCCCUUACACCUUGAAACCCGUGGCGAUACGAAAAGGUGAUCAGAGGAGUCCAGAGUUUACCAAACGUAAUCCUAUGCAAAAAGUUCCAGUAAUAGUAGACAACGGGUUUGUUCUAACAGAAAGUGAUGCCAUAUUAAAAUAUUUGGCCACCAAAUACAAAGUUCAGCAGCACUGGUACCCCAGUGAGCCUGAGCGACGAGCCCGGGUGGAUGAGUACACAGCCUGGCACCACACGAACACGCGCCCACACGCAGCCAAGGUUUUCAUCCUGGAGGUUCUGAUUCCCCGAAUGACAGGCCAGGCCACAGAAGCAGAGAAGGUGGAGAGAGCGGUAACAGAACUAAACGGGACUUUAGACAAAUUGGAGUCGAUGUUUUUAAAAUCACAAGCCUUUCUGUGCGGAGAUGAUAUCAGCCUGGCUGACCUGCUGGCUAUAUGUGAACUCAUGCAGCCUCUUGCUGGAGGCCGCGACGUGCUGCAGGAUCGUCCGACGCUUCUUGCCUGGAAAAGGCGAGUGCAGUCGGCUCUGAGCGACUCGUUUGAUGACGCUCAUGUGGUCCUUUACCGUCUGAGAGACAAAGCCAAACUGUGAAUGUGCUGCCUUUGAAUCUAUAGAGUAGAAGGGGUGUUCCUACAGUACAUGUGACUGGCAAUAUCCCUCUUACAAACCCCUGUACCUUGAAAUAGAGUUUGAAUACUGUGUGUGUAAUAUGGACAAAAAUACAAGGACUGUCUCAAGGCAUUGUUUUCUGCACAGGAGGAAGAGCAGCAAGUAUUUUUUCAGUGUGUUUUGCAGGGGACAGCCUACUGACCUUAAAACAUUUCAAAUCUUAUCUUUAAUAUUAUAUAUAAAGAAAGUACAGUACCCAAUUGCAAGCUGUUUCUAACAAACUGCUAGUUUAGGGAUGCAAAGGUAGAUAUCUGUAACCCCCCCCCCCCCCCCCCCCCCCCCCCACUACUACAGAAAUGUGUAUGUCAUUGUAUUAUAUAAUUAUUCAGUAAAAGUAUUUCAAAUAGAUUUUGUGCUUUUUUAUAUUGGUUUCAGACUAUCCAUCUGUUGUAUGCUUGCCCAAUAUAUAAUUAUACAGAACACCUUUUUCACAACCAAAUAUUUUAUUUUUAAACCUUACAUAGUUUAUUAUCAUUACAACAAUCAUGAGCCAGACAAAUAUAUACAAAACAUUCCAACUACCUUGAGUACUGGGGCAAACCACUUUAUAGAACCAUAAUGUGACUUUUACAGAAUUAUUUUAGGAUACCAUCAAAUGCUUAAGAGUUCUACGACAUGAAUAUAAUUAGUGAAGCAAUGUUUCUGAAUUACCAAUCUUAAAUCUAGGAGCACUUUCAUUACAGUUAAAACACGAGGGUUACAGCAAGACCAGUUUGUACUGGGACUGGUGACAGACAGCACUUAAAAUAAAAUGUUCUGGGCUUUUCAUUUGACUUUGCAAGAAGGAAAACAAAAAUACAUCUUUUAACAAAGACAUCUGAUUGGAGAUGGUCAACUAAAAUCAAAAUACCACUUUGCUAGUGAGAUUAUUGAAUUUGCAGACCCAUUGACUGGAAAUAAAACUAAAGUCUCUAAUUGAAA